CCGGUGGUGCCAGACUUGCCUAGUUCCGUAGUCUUCCCGGACCGGGAAGCCGCCCGGGCCGUUUUGGAGGAGUGUACCUCCUUUAUUCCUGAAGCCCGGGCGGUGCUUGACCUGGUCGACCAGUGCCCAAAACAGGUCCAGAAAGGAAAGUUCCAGGUUGUUGCCAUCGAAGGACUGGAUGCCACGGGUAAAACCACGGUGACCCAGUCAGUUGCAGAUUCGCUUAAGGCUGUCCUCUUAAAGUCACCACCCUCUUGCAUUGGCCAGUGGAGGAAAAUCUUUGAUGAUGAACCAACUAUCAUUAGAAGAGCUUUUUAUUCGUUGGGCAAUUAUAUUGUAGCCUCUGAAAUAGCUAAAGAAUCUGCCAAAUCUCCUGUGAUUGUAGACAGGUACUGGCACAGCACUGCCACCUAUGCCAUAGCCACCGAGGUGAGUGGGGGUCUCCAGCACCUGCCCCCAGCCCAUCAUCCUGUAUACCAGUGGCCAGAGGACCUGCUUAAACCUGACCUCAUCCUGCUGCUCACCGUGAGUCCUGAGGAGAGGUUGCAGAGGCUCCAGGGCCGGGGCAUGGAGAAGACCAGGGAAGAAGCAGAACUUGAGGCCAACAGUGUAUUUCGUCAAAAGGUAGAAAUGUCCUACCAGCGGAUGGAGAAUCCUGGUUGCCAUGUGGUUGAUGCCAGCCCCUGCAGAGAAAAGGUCCUGCAGACGGUAUUAAGCCUAAUCCAAACUAGUUUUAAUGAACUGUAGUUACUCUGGCCAGGUGCCAUGUCUAACUAGAUUAGAUGUUGUUUGAAACAUCUACAUCCACCAUUUGUUACGCAGUGUUCCCAAAUUUCUGUUGUACAAGCAUGUUGUGUGGCAGAAAAUUGGAGACCAGGCAUCUUAAUUUUACUUCAGCCAUCAUACCCUCUUCUGACUGAUGGACCUGUCAUCACAAAGGACCCUCU